CGCUCACCAUUCUGCUCAACUUCUUCAUCUGAUGCACCAGUCACCUUACCACUACUGAGAUUUGCCUCGGCAUUGCAAUCAUUGACAUUUGCUUCAAUAGAGGAUAACGGUUCCCUGAUUGCAAUCUUCACUUGAGUAUCUAGCUGGGCUUGAAAUUUAGAUUCAUCUAUCUCCAAAGCAUUCAAUAAUGUGUUCAGUCUAGUCAAAUUGGUGCUUAUCUCGUUGAUGGCUUGAGAAGUUUCAGAGUUGAUCACAUUUUGGCUUGCCAUGAACUGUUGCAAGCUAACGGUUAGCUGCUGUAUGGAAUCUUCUAUUUCCCUUCUUUGCAUUGGAGGAGGCUGAUUUGCAAAGUAAGAGGGUCCCGAGACUUGGCCAGAUGCUGCAUAAGGAAUGUAUUGACUUUGUUCCUGGGGAGAUGGCUCCACUUGGUCAUUUGUCCAACUGAAAUUUGAAUGACUUCUACAACCUGCAUUGUAAGUAUCAGAAUAAGGUUCAUAAGAAAUCUUAGAAACCAUAUACACCGAAUUAGACUGAUCAAGCAAAACUUCCUUAGGAGCAGGAAUAGUUGGACAUGCAUCAGUCGCAUGCCCUGGAUCCUCACAUAUGCUGCAUUUUUUAGAAGAUGAUGGUAAAACAUGCAUUUCAUUUACCUUCUUAAGCUCAAUGGAAUCUAACCUUUUGGACAUCAAUGCAAGCCUAGCAUUCAAAUCAUCAACUUCUUCCAAUUGAUACUUACCACCCCCACUAAUACAUUUUUGCUUUUCAGGUCUAUCAUACACAUCAGAGACAACCCAAGAUUGGGUGUUUUCAGCCAAAUAAUCAAAAUAGUCAAAAGCUUCUUCAGGCUCUUUGUUGAAAAACUCACCAUUACACAUUGUUUCCACAAAUUGCCUCAUCUUUGGUUGCAACCCCUCAUAGAAAAAACUGAUGACCCUCCAAUUCUCAUACCUAUGGUGAGGACAUGCAUUUAAGAGGUGUUUGAAACGUUCCCAACACUGAUAAAAUGUUUCCACAUCAUUUUGGCAAAAAUUCAUGAUUUGUCUGUUCAAAGCAUUAGUUCUUUGCAUAGGAAAAAAUUUCUUUAAAAACUCAGUUUGCAUUUCUUGCCAAGUCCCAAUGGAUCUUGGCCUUAAGGAAUAAAACCAGGUUUUUGCCUUAUCUUUUAAAGAAAAUGGGAACAAUUUCAAUCUUAUUACCUCCUCAGUGCAUGUUCUAUCCAUGAAUGUGGAACAAACUUCUUCAAACUCUUUAAUAUGCAAAUAUGGGUUUUUAGAUUCAAUCCCAUGAAAAUGAGGUAACAAUGGAAUCAUCCCAAGUUUAAAAUUAAAAGCAUUUGCAUUCAAAGGUAGAAUAAUGCAGGAUGGGGUGCUGGUCCUAACAGGUUGCAAAUAUUCUCUGAGUGUCCUAUUAGGGUUCUCCAUAUCAUGAGGUUCAUUUUCAGCCAUGAUGCUACGCGUGUCAGAUGGUGAUUCAAGUGAAACAGGUUCACUCGAUGAUGAGAUGGAUGAGUCUGUCUUGACUAGUCUAAAUGUGUUAUCUCUAGCCCAACCAGUCAUACAACUCGGUAUAAACGCAAUAAAAGCAAAUAGGUCAAAGGAGAGGAAGUAGAUAUCACCCAGGCUGUGAAGACGUUCACAGCUCUAAAACACCUCUCUGAAAUCUGAGAAACACUUUGAUGACACCAAUUAGUCCCCGGCAACGGCGCCAAAAACUUGACUCGUUCUGAGUUGUGCUUCCAAGUGCAGAAGUGUCAAGUUGUAUCAAGGAUGAGUUUAGGAUCGUAUUCCACAGGGACCACUGAGUAUCAAAGUAUUUAUAAAAGUUUAGUGAAAUCCUGUUGCUGAAAAAUGGGUUUUGAAAAUUUUUUUUUUGUCUUUUACGAUUUUGAAAACAGUAAACAAAGUGAGAGAAGCUUGAGUAAACUAUCAAAAUGAAACUGAAAUUUUAUCAAUUUUCCAAAAAUGUAAAUCUAAUAACGCAACCGAAACUAAACAAUUUUACCAAACACUCGGGUUACGGGUUCAACGUCUGUUUGCUUCCACCGUUUACUAAUUUCCUAGGCCUUACUCCUCUUCUUGUUAAUCCAAUCAAGGCAUUAAUAAGAUGAAAUUUUAUCACUAAAGAUCGAGUAAAUUGGCCACAUCCAAACGGAAGAAAAUAAAAACUCUCAUUAAGCAUCAACCGAAUUUUAUGUAAAAAUUAGUUGAUUAAAAUCCUAAAUUAAAUCAAGGUUUUGAUGUGCCUAACGUCAACAACAAAACAAGAAAUAAGAGCUAGCGAUUUAUCAACGAUACCUUAAAUUUUCGGGUUCAACCAAAUAAAAGUUUAUCAAUAAUUUCUUAGGAGAACUAAUAAACCAUAGAAAACAAACGACAUUGACCCACAACCCGAGUUACCGAACUUAGCCACUCAUGCUAACAAUACACACUUUUCGGGUUAAAUUAAUUCCAUGGUGGCUCAUUGCAUCAAUAAAACGAAAGACAUCAAAAUAAAACAAACCUAACACUUAAAGAUACCGAAACAUGAGAAAAAUACGAACUUUAAUCGAACCAAUCCUAACUAACCCAAGCUUCGUUUAAUUAAAUACAUAAGUUAAAUAAAAUUAAACACUAAUGAGAAACUACACUUAAAUGAGCAUCUAAAUAAAUAAUAAAGAAAUAAAUAAAACAGAAUAAGGGAACCAAGUCUUUAAUAAAAUUUCAAUGGUUUAAAAAGAAAUAACAUUUAACAUAAACUAAAAAGAAGGAAGAAGAAAGAGAUAAGAGGAGAGGGAGAGAGAGAGAGAGAGAGAGAGAUCCGUGGAGCUGCUCGGAUGGCUGAAACAGCGGCUGGAUUGCUGCUGAACAGGUAGGUUCCGGGGCUGGCUGGUUGCUGCUGCAGCGCUCGGGGUGCUGGGGCAAAGGAGGGCUCGGAUUGCUGCAAUAGGGCUUGCCAAGAAGCUGCUGUGCUGGAGUCACCGGAACAGGAGUUGCAGCAGAGGGGUUGCAGAGGGGAGGCUGUGGAGGUGCUGGGCUUAGGGAAAGAAAAAUAAAAAUAGAAACAGAGAGAGAGAGGAUGAGAAUAAAGCAAGGUAAAGAGAAGGAGACGAAGAAGAAGAAGAAGAAGAGAUGAAGAAGGGGAAGAUGGAGAGCAGCCCGCAGGGCUGUUCAGGCAAGAAGGGAGAGAAGAAGAAGAAUUUAAAAGAGAUUGGGGGAAGCCCUAGACCCGGUUUAGCCAACCCGACCCGGCCUGCAUGGCCGGGUCACAUUUUUGCUCUCUAUUCACCGCAAUAUUUGACCCUUCCGAAGCCAGUUUCUCACAAAACUCAAAAUAUGAAAGUUAUAAAUAAUUCUUUAUUCUUUCUCUAGAAAUUUGAAUCGCCUCGAUCGGAGUUUGGACGGAAAAGUUAUGCAUGAAAUACGAACAGGUGUCAGUUUUGGUUCCCGGGACUUUUCCUGCGAUAAAAAAUUAUCAAAAACUCGUAAAUUGCACAAUAAAACUCAAGAAUGAUAAUUUCGGCACUUUAUUAAAAUAUUGGACAAAUUUGGACAUUUAAUUAAAAAUAUAAGUCGUAAAGACCGGAUCAAAGUGCCCAAUUACGCAGUUUUGACGCGUAAUCACUUUUAUAUCUUCUUCUUUAACCAAGACAUUAUCAUCCUCAGUUAUUAUACAUUGUGCAUUAUCUAAGUUCUUGAUUUUUCAUUCUUUGACUCAAGCAAGUUUAAAAGUCUCUUUCCCCUUCUUUUGUAUCUAAUCUAGCAUAUAAAUUAUCAUAAACAUAUGUUUAGUUUUUGUUUAGGCCUUUUUUGCGUCUUUUCUUGUCUCUCUAUACUUUUCAAAGUUUUCUAUGUUUACAUUUUUGCCAUGUCUUUUGGAAAUCUUGAUCUCACCACCAACUUUUUUAAUUGGCCAAGAAUCUUUCUUUGAUUCACCUUGAAUCCCUUUUGCUUUCUUUUUGAUAGAACUGGCCAUCCUACUCUACAGCGUGUUUGUGUUUGUUUUAUCUCUAUUGUCCAAUCACCCUUUUGAUCAUUUUAUCUUUAAAGCUUACUAUAUUUUCUCCAUUAAGAUUCCACCACCUAGUUCUCUUGCAUUGAUUUGUGUUACUCUUUCUUAUCCAAAUUUUAGUACAUAUAUUUAACACUAAAACUCUAAAUAGUAUACUCAAAGUUUCACUUUCAUGAUAAAUGAUUUCCCCUCCUAGUCAUGAAAAAAUCUGACUUUUAUUUUGUUCACCUUUGAAGGAUAUUAAGUGAUAUUCUCUCUUCUUAAAUCAAAUAUUUGUUAUAACAAGAUCAUAUGACAUGGUGAUGUCUAUGAUCAUAUCAUUGGGCUCAUUUUUAUUUUCUUAUCCGCAUUCUCUUUGUAUCCUUUGAUAACCUUUGUUGUCCUUUACAAUUUGUCCAUUCAAAUCAGCUCCAAUUUCUUAGACCUUCAUAAUCGUUGAGUAAUAUUAUCCAUAUCUUUCCAAAAGUUAGCACAAGAAACUAGGAUUAGAUUAGCAACUUGGAAUACAUGGACACUUAUAGGCAAAAGCAUGGAAAUAGUUGAAACAAUGAUUAGAAGGAAAAUUAACUUAAUUUGCUGUCCUGAUACCAAAUGGGUAGGGAUAAAGCUAGAGAAAUUGAAAAAUUAGGAUUUAAACUUUGGUGUACUAGAAAGGAGAAAAUGAGGUGGUAAUCAUUGUAGACAAAGACCUGAAAGAUAAUGUAGUAGAUAUUAAAAAAAUGGAGGAUAGGAUCAUUAAAAUCAAGAUAGUUCUAGGCCUGGAGAUAGUAAAAGUCAUUAGUGCGUAUGCUCCCCAAGUAGGCUUAGCAAAAAACCUUGCAAAAUAAUUUUGGGAAGAUAGGGAUAGUAUUUUACAAGGGAUACCAUUGCCUAAAAAGACAUUCAUAGGAGCUGAUUUGAGUGGACACAUUAGAAAGGAUAAUAUAGUAAGAGGAUACACAGAGGCCAUCGAUAUGGAUAUAAAAAUGAGGCUUGUGAUACAAUUUUUGAUUUUGCUAUAUCUUACGAUUGGGUUAUAUUGAAUAAUUGCUCUAUAAAAAGAGAACAUUUGAGAACUUUCAAGAGUGGGCAAAAUAAAAGCGGCAAAAAUAAAAGCCAAAUAUAUUCCUUCUCAACGAGGAAGGGGAAUCGUCUAUCUUGUAAGGAUUGUAAGGUUAUCUCAGGUGAAAGUUUGGCUAUCCAACAAAGAGUCCUAGUAUUUGAUAUACAUACUCAAAAAUGGAAGAGAGAGAGAAACAUAAAUCAACCCAAAAGGACUAGAUGGUGGAGCUUGAAGGGAGAAAAAGUUGUAAAAUUCAAUGACAAAAUGAUCAAAGAGUGUGCUUGGACAAUAGGGGGUAAGAUAGAUGUAAAUAUUGUUUGGAAUAGGAUGACUAACUCUAUCAUAAGGAUAACAAAGGAGAUUUAAGGUGGGUCUAAAGAAAGAUACUUAGGUAGUAAAUAAAGUUGGUGAUGGGAUCAAGAAUUCAAAAAAGCUGUUAAGAUGAAAAGAAAUUGGUAUUUAAAGUGGCAAAAAGUUGUAGAAUUAUGGAAAACCUUGAAAAAGUAUAAAGAGGCUAUAAGAAAAAUACAAAAAAGGCCAUUUGUGAAGCUAAACAUAGAGUUUAUGAUACUUUAUGUAAUAAUAGACUAGAUAAAAAAGAAGGAGAAAGAAACAUUUAUAAACUUGCCAGAGCUAAAGAAAGAAAAUGCAAAGAUUUAGGUAAAGGACGAGAAUGAUAAUGUCUUAACUAAAGAAGAAGACAUAAAAGAGAACUGGCGGAGACACUUUGAUAAGUUGUUUAAUGAAAACCAAAAUGAAAACUUGAAAUUAGAAGUGACAAAUGAGGAAAGUAUUAAAAAUAGGAUAUUUAUUCGCAAAAUUACGGUCCUUGAAGUUAGAUGACUUUAAGUAGAAGCAGAUAAUAUACCAAUUGAAGUUUGGAAAUGUUUAGGGGAUAAAGGAAGUAUAUGGUUAACUAAAAAAAGUGGCGGAGAAAUUGAGGAAACUAUAGAGAAGGGUAAUUGAACAAGGAAUAAGAUUAGAAACAAAGGUUUCAGAGAACCAAUUUGAUUUUAUGUCUGAGAGAUUAACAACAAAAGCUCUUUAUCUUUUUAAAGAAUAUUAAUGAAAAAGUUUGGGGAUAAAAGUUUGUGGAAAAGAGGGACUUACAUAUGGUUUCUAUUGACGUAGAUAAAGCUUAUGAUAAAGUACCUGAGGAAGUUCUUCGGUGGGUCUUAGAAAAGAAGGGGUAUGCAAUAGAUAUACUGAAGUCAUUAGGAUAUGUGUGAUACAACAAUGACUAGUUGUAGGACUAUAGUAGGGGGAAUCUAGAGAUUUUUCCAAUCACAAUAGGUGUACAUCAAGGUUCUACUUUGAGUUUAUAUUUUUUACUUUAGUGAUUGAUGAACUUGCUAGGAAUAUCCAAGACGAGAUCCCUUGGUGUAUGUUGUUUGUAGAUUAUAUUGCCUUAAUUGAUGAUAUUUUCUUGAUUGAUGAGAGGAGUGGAGUGAAAUCAAAUUAGAACUUUGGAGAAUCGCUUUAGAGUUGAAAGGUUUAGGAUAAAUAAAAAUAAGACAAAAUAUAUGAAAUGUAAUUUCAGUAAUGUGAGCAGUAUUGGAGAGAAGAUUAAACUUGAUAAUUAAGAAAUGAAUAGCAUUAGUUGUUUUGAUAUCUUGUAAAAUGGAGAAGUGCAUCAGCUGUGCUGUGUAUCCUUAAAAUUAAAAGGAAAGUUCUAUAAGAAGACGAUUAUAAGGCCAGCCAUGCUUUAUGGAUCAAAAUGUUGGGCAACUAAGAAACAUGUACAAAAAAGCAAAAGUUGUCGAUAUGUGAAUUUGUAAUAUGGAUGAGUGGUAUAACAUUAGCAUAUACAUAAUAAACUAGUCAUAGCAGUCGAAGACAAGAUAAGGGAGGCUUUGAUGGUUUGGGUAUUUGAAACGUAGGCAUAGUAGCACACUUGUGAGGAGAAGGGAGUUAGUUAUUGUUUCUGGAAUGAAAAAGGGUAGUGAUAGGCCUAAAAUAACUUGGGAUGAGGUAAUGAGGAAGGAUUUAAUAGCUUUGAAUCUAGUAGAGGAAAAUGCUCUCAAUCGGGUGAAUUGGCGGAAAGGGAUUCAUGUAGCUGACCGCCGACCCCACCUUGUGGGACUGAAGGCUUUUUGUUGUUAUUGUUGUAUAUCUUUCCAAAAGUGUCUUUUAAGGUUGUUGGGGAGCAUAAGCACUAAUGACAUUUAUUAUCUCUUGGCAUAAAACUCUCUUGAUUCUUAUGAUUCUAACCCCUACUCUUUUAACAUCUACCAAACUAUCUUUUAGGUCUUUGACUGCAAUGAUUCUUAUCCCAUUUUUAUCUUCUUCUUUUCUAGUGUACCAAGGUUAAAUCCUAAUUUUUAAAAUUCCUCUAGCUUUCUUCCCCAUCCAUUUAGUUUCUUGAAGGCAAAUUACCUUGAUUUUUCUUCUAAUUGAUAUGUCAACUAUCUCCAUGAUUUUACUUGUAAGUGUCCUUAUAUUCAAAGUUGCUAAUCUAACCCUAGUCUCUUGUACAAACUUCUUUACCCCCUCCUAUCUAGAAUGACCCAAAUUAGCCCACCUUUGCCCAUUUUUCGCUACACUUGCUCGUAGGGGAUGAAUAUUUGGAAAGGAUUGAUAUCAUAAAGAUCUGACUAGUUUUACAUUGGUUGUCAGCUACCUAAUGUAACCCUACUCCACUCGGGCUUGGGACCAGCUGUCUGUAAAUAGCUCAGAAUCUGCUUUGCAUUUAUUUUUGCCUCAUUUUCUUGUGGGAUUUGGAAUAAAUUAUAUGCUCUUUUUGGGGAGAAUUGGGUUGGUCCAGAUUUGGGUGAGAAAUUAUUGCAUCAUUCUUUUACAGGUUCUGGGAAGAGUGGCGGUGGCUUAGUUUUGUGGACUUGUGGCAUCUUCAGUUUUAUGGGGAAUUAAGGUGGGAAGGAAUGCUCGUAUCUUUUAAGAAAGAGGAAUUCUGGUACUUCACUUGUUUGCUUUGGAUUAGGAUUCAGUACUUGGCUUCUCACUGGUCUUUUGCAGCUGGCAGUUAUAAAGGGGGUGCCUUUCUUGGAUCUUCAAGAUAUUGGAAGGCGGUUUAUUUUGAUUGUUUUGUAGUCUAUUUUGGUUAUUCCUUUUUAUAGUAGGAUUGUUUUCUCCUCUUCAUACACUCUUUCCUUUUUCAAUAAAUAUAUCUUCUUUUUCUAUAAAAAAAAAAAGAAAGGAAAAUCUCUCAUGAACUUCUCAAUUCUCUCAGCUAUCUUGACAGUAACUCUAAACGGAGACAGCUAAUAAAAGGGAAUACUGGACGUAGAUACUUGAAUGAAGCUGAUGUGAUCUCCUAAGAAAAAGCAUCCUUCCAACCGUUGAACUACCAAACAAUGUUUGUAACUACACGAUCCCAGAAUAAAAAAGUGGAGAUUGCAAGCUGAAGCCAAGAGAAAUUAGUGGUUGCUCCAAAAUCCUACAACCAGAAAAGAAGGCAAAACUAUUCUCAAUUCUUAGAAUCUAAAAGAAUAAUUCCAGUACCAAUCUAACCCGUAUUAAUUUUCCGGCUCAGAAGUGGUAAAAAGGUGACAAUACAGUGGGAAAACUGGGUGUCAUCAGACAAUGAAGAUGUGGUAUCAUGAACUGCAAACUGGAGACAUACUAACAUCCUCAAUUCCCUCACAAUACCCUUUCAAGACCUCUUCCAAAGCCCUACUUACCAUCCUACACAAAACAGGAGUGACAAGAGUUAAAAUAAAAGUGAUAAAGGAUUACUUAGUGCUCCCAAAUCGUAUAAAACGUGUAUCUAAUUAACAAUUGACAGUAACGAGAACAUAGCAGAAAACCGAGAACAUAGCUGAGAAUAAACACCUGCUAAUCAAUUUCCUCCAUUAAAUGCCAUUGUCCUUCUUUUCUGUCUGUGGAAUUCUAGUGACAAGGCUGGUGAGGUCUAUCUAUAUGUGUGUAUAUGCUUGUGCAUGGGGGAGCAUGAAUGCUUCUGCAAUUUUGUGUUCUACUAUAUGCAAAAGUGUGGAGAUCAGGAUUUCCAACUAAAUUAACUGUUCGUCCGUUAUGCAGGUCUUCACCUAUGCGGAUUGGAGGGCCAGAUGGAAGAAACUUGCAGCUGCAUUUUAGGUCGAGGUUGUCUCUUCCUCUCUUCACAGGAGCAAAAGUUGAAGGAGAGCAGGGUGCUGCAAUCCAUAUUGUCUUGGUUGAUGCUAACAGUGGCCAUGUAGUAACAUCUGGCCCUGAAUCAUCGGUGAAACUGGAUGUUGUUGUGCUUGAAGGUGAUUUUAACAAUGAAGAAGAUGAAGGCUGGGCUCAAGAAGAAUUUGAUAGCCAUGUGGUCAAAGAACGUGAUGGAAAGAGACCACUUUUGACUGGGGAUUUGCAAGUCACACUCAAAGAAGGUGUAGGAACAUUGGGCGAGCUGACAUUUACUGAUAAUUCAAGCUGGAUAAGGAGCAGGAAGUUUAGACUUGGGCUGAAGGUUGCCUUGGGAUUUUGUGAGGGCAUACACAUACGUGAGGCAAAGACAGAGGCUUUCAUUGUUAAGGAUCACAGAGGGGAAUUAUACAAGAAACACUAUCCUCCUGCAUUAAAUGAUGAAGUGUGGAGAUUGGAGAAGAUUGGCAAGGAUGGGUCAUUUCAUAAGAGGCUAAAUGGUGCGGGAAUACUCACAGUUGAAGAUUUUCUUCGCCUUGUAGUCAGAGAGACUCAAAAACUACGGAAUAUUCUGGGAAGUGGCAUGUCAAAUAAGAUGUGGGAUGCUCUCAUAGAGCAUGCAAAGACUUGCGUCCUGAGUGGGAAGCAUUAUGUAUAUUAUUCUGAUAAUUCAAGAAAUAUUGGUGUUGUUUUUAACAACAUCUAUGAGCUGAGUGGCCUUAUUUCUGGGGAACAGUAUUGUUGUGCUGAUUCUCUUUCCGAGAGCCAGAAGGUCUAUGUGGAUACCCUGGUGAAGAAAGCUUAUGAGAAUUGGAAUCAAGUUGUAGAGUAUGAUGGCAAGUCACUUUUGAGCUUUAGGAAAAACAAGAGAUCAAGUCCUUAUAGAAAUGAUAUUGGGAUGGGUUCUGUUGAUUACUCUAAUGCAUUAGAUCGUCAACUGCACUCAACACGCGAGCUUCCUUCAGUGCCUCCUGAUCAAUUAUCGAUGGAUUUGGUCCUACCAAUUGGAGCUGCAGUGUAUGGUGAUGGUUUGGCUACUGGAUACUUAGCGGAGUCCCAGAUUGUAAAUUCCAGGUUGCAGAGUGAGUUUGAUGGUAUUUCAUUUGCUCCUCAAGAUCAGCUGAUUGGAAAUUCUCAGGAAACACAAGGCAGUAGGAUUGAUAACAGUGUUGGGCUAGCCCUUGGCCCUCCACAGCCAUCGACUUCAGACUUCCAAGGUGUGAACUCUUCUGUACAGCCAUCUAAUCUCAACUCUUUUGACGACUGGGCUCACAACCAGGACAAGGAGUCUGAGGUCUUACUCUCUGAAGAAGAGAUUCACAGUAAAAGUCAUGAGAUGCUUGAAAAUGAAGAAAUACAACACUUGCUUCGAAUUUGGAGCAUAGGAGGCCAUGCCUCCAUUAAUGGGCCCGAAGAGGGUUAUCCGUUCUCAUCAUUUAUGCCGUCCCCUCCAGCCUAUGCAUUUGGUGAGGAUCGGUCUCGUUCUGGAAAAGCUGUUGUAGGGUGGCUGAAGAUCAAGGCAGCAAUGAGGUGGGGCAUUUUUAUCAGGAAGAAAGCGGCUGAGAGGCGGCGGGCACAGCUUGUUGAGUUGGAGGAAUAGAAUUUGCUAGUGGAGUGCAGGAGAGUUAUCAGGAACAAAAUUAUCAUUCAUAUCCCCCAACUCAAAUUAUUGAGGGACUCAAAUGUGGAGAGUUAUGGAUGAGAAGCAUCUUAGUAGAUGGUACAAUGCCUUGGGCCUCUCCUUCAUUUCUAAUACCUGAGCACUAUGUUACGAUUCCAACAAUUUCCCAUACUCCCAACACUGCAAUCAUCCUUGCACAGUGCACCGAGUAUCAGACACUGAAGCAGAGCACGAAGGUAUUGAACUCUCAAUUAAGAUUCUUGUGAAUGAUAUAAUGUGUGUUUGGGGAUUCGAAUGAUUAUUUAUGUUGUAUAAUUGAUUACCCUUGAUGUUAGACACUGAUAUUAGGGGAAUGUCUCUUUAAGAUCUUGAAUUUCCCAGUUUCAAUGUAUUUGCUUUGAAAAAUAUUGUACGAGAAUGGUUUUCUUCCUUUGAUUUUGUUUGUUAGCUUUUGUAAUAUAUGACUCUUGUAAAAUUGGCUGUUUAGAGAUUGCUCCCUGUACCAAAGGCAGUCAAAACAGAAAGGUUAUCAGUCACCAAGACUGAAUUGAUCCAUAUGCUUCUUGCGCAAUGAGUGCCAGAAAUCACUCUGCGAUUUAA